AUGAUAAUAACGUGUGGGAGUCAAAAUGUGCAGUGGGAACAUGGAAAAGCUUGUGAAGAUAGAGUACAUAGUGUGAUUUUUGAGGAACAUGGAUUUGUUUUUGUUGGUAUUUAUGAUGGUUUUAGUGGACCUAAUGCCACUGAUUUCUUGUUAAACAAUCUUUAUCCCAACGUUUACAAGGAGCUUAAGGGAUUAUUAUGGUUCGACAAGUCAAAAUCGUGCGAAAACACCAUCAAUAGUCAGUCGUUUAUGUCCAAGAGUUUGGAUACUAAGGAAAGAGUGGAGUUGGAUAGAAAAUUAAGAGAAAAAUUGAGUAAUUUAGAGGUUGAUGUGGUUCGAGGAAAUAAUAUUAUUAACCAUUUGGGGGCGUUGAAAGCUCUAUCCGAAGCGCUGAGGAAGACUGAGGCAUCGUAUUUGGAUCGUUGUACAUCUGUUAAAGAGGAAGUUAGAAGGAUUCGAACUGAGCAUCCAGACGAUCCCUUGGCGGUAUUCAACGAAAGAGUGAAAGGUUCGUUGAAGGUCACUCGUGCUUUUGGAGCCGGUUUCCUCAAACAGAUGAUUACAUGUGGACUUGGAACCAAUAGCUUUGCCCUCAGCAGAAUCUUGGCUUUCUAUUCAGACCCAUUUCACGGAAGCCUCUCUUAUGGGUACAAAAUCUUUGAACAGAUUCAAAACCCCACAAACUGCAUUUUCAACACAAUGAUCAAAGCUUGUUUACUCAAAGAUGAAUACAUUAAAUCGAUUCAGAUAUUCAAAGACAUGAUGAGAAAUGGCAUUUGUCCUGAUAAUUACACACUUUCUUAUGUGCUAAAAACAGGUGCAAAGAUGAAAAGAUUGGAUCUUGGGGAAUUGAUUCAUGGUUUUGAUUUUGGGUAUGCUAAAAUUGGGAAUGUUUACACAACAAGAUUAGUUUUUGAUGAAGUUCCAUUGAAGGAUAGAGGGAUUUGGGGUGCAAUGAUUUCAGGGUAUGUGCAGAAUAAUUGUUUCAAAGAAGGAUUACAAUUGUUUAAGCUAAUGCAAUUGAGUGGCAAUAAACCUGACGAAGCAAUAGAGUGGCAAUAA